GUUAGUUGCUAAGGAAGGGGUUGGUAUUCCAAUAUCAUUCAUUUUUUGUUGAUCCUUAGUCUUGUCUGCAUUGUUAUUUUUUCAUGACCCGUCAACAUGAAGUUGCAGUGGAGACCGACAUCGAGGGCAUGGCUUUGAAACAACACCUGUCCAACAAGCACCAGUUUGUCUAAUGUGGGGCCUCCCCGAGCUGGAAGGAUGCAGCAGAAGAGGAACAUCCAGAUUAUCGAAUGGGAGGACCUGGACAAGAGGAAGUUUUACUCCUUUGGGGUGUUCAUGACUAUGACCAUCAGGGCAACUGUCUACCCAGCCACGCUUAUCCGCACACGGCUGCAGGUGCAGAAGGGCAAAUCACUAUACAGUGGCACCUUUGAUGCCUUCUUCAAGAUUCUGCGGACCGAAGGCAUACGAGGCCUGUAUCGUGGCUUCAUGGUCAACACCUUCACACUGAUCUCAGGACAGGCCUACAUUACCACCUAUGAGCUAGUGAGGAAGUAUGUCUCCAACUAUUCCACUGACAAUACAUUAAAAUCCCUAGUGGCAGGUGGCUCCGCAUCACUGGUGGCCCAGAGCAUCACUGUCCCCAUCGAUGUCAUCUCUCAGCAGCUGAUGAUGCAGGGCCAGGGGGAACACCUUACUCGCUUUCAGCUCCAGCCCAGGGCAGAGGUGGGAAAGCCCAAAAGGAUGUUUGGCCAAACCAGGAACAUAAUAACACAAAUUUUUGCAGCUGAUGGUUUCAGUGGCUUCUACAGGGGCUACGUGGCCUCUUUGCUCACCUACAUCCCAAAUAGCGCUGUCUGGUGGCCUUUUUAUCAUUUUUAUGCUGAACAGCUCUCCAAACUGGCUCCCAGUGACUGCCCUCAUCUUGUUUUGCAAGCCAUGGCUGGACCAUUAGCCGCUGCAACUGCCUCUACUGUUACCAACCCAAUGGAUGUUGUCAGAGCCAGAGUGCAGGUGGAAGGGAGAACUUCAGUGAUUGAGACUUUCAAGCAGCUGAUUGCAGAGGAGGGUUUCUGGGGGAUGACCAAAGGACUGUCGGCACGCAUCAUUUCCUCCACACCCACUGCCAUUGUAAUGGUGGUAGGCUAUGAGACGCUAAAGAAAUUGAGUUUGCGACCUGAGCUGGUCGACUCAAGACACUGGUAGAAGAUAUCUGGACAUAGAUGACAUGGAACAGUGUGCCAUUUUACCCCUCACCCUGAGUCUGAAUAGGUUUGAAAGAAAGCUAUGUUGUAGAAUAUUAGCUUGAGGACCAAUCUAGACCCAGGCCGCUUUGCCUAUAUUCUCACCUCUCCAAACCGGCUUUCAUAUCUACUGUGUUCUUCCUUUUUCUCGGCCUUUUUUUUAAACUGUUGCCUUCCUUGUGUGAAAUCAAGAUAAGUACUGUAAGAACUCACCAAAUGUGAUCAAGAAGAACUGUUUUUUUCUUUUUUAAUGUAAGGUAUAAAAUGCAACUUUUUGGUUUAUGUUGGUACAUUUGCUUGGCAUUUGGCUUUUACUGUACAGAACCUGUCCAUCCAUCCAUCCAUUAUCCAAACCGCUUAUCCUGCUCAGGGUCACGGGGAUGCUGGAGCCCCCGCGACCCUGAGCAGGAUAAGCGGUUUGGAUGAUGGAUGGAUGGACAGGUUCUGGUAUCUGUACAGUAAAAGCCAACUGCCAAGCAAAUGUACGAACAUAAACCAAAAGGUUGUCUGCAUUUCUCUUUUGUUUAUAUUAUAGGUAGCAAAAUUGAGGUGCUGCAUUUGUGAGCAUUUGAUUUUCAGUUAGUGGCUAAAACCGCAGUAUUUUACUCCACGCAAAUUGAUAAGCCUGAAACCCAGUGAGCUAAAAUUAUUUGCAAAUUAUAAAAUUAUGCAAAUUAUAUUCAUAGAGGAAUUAUGAUGAUAAGCAUUGGUUUAAAAUUGUUAGUAGCUUUCUCCCAAUUAUUUUUUUCUCCUUUAUAAUAAAAUAGUGGUGUAAGAAAUGGAGCCACAUUAAAUGCCUAUACAAGUUGCUUGUCAAGCCAUAUACAUGUUAGAGGUGUUGAAAUAUAGCUUUGCUUACUGGCAAGCUAAGUGACAAUUUGCCAGUAAAUUGCAAAUCUACAGCAUCAUGGGUCUCUAGGUAACAGUCUAGCAGGUUCAAGUGUCCAGCAUUUUCCUUGAAGGUGUUGGGCCACCAGCUAACAACUCUGAGUGAGGGCAGCUAUGGGAGAUAGAAAGGCAUCAGGUUGAAACAAUGCUCUGCUUUCUUACUGUGGCAGUAAAUCUUCUGAGUACAAGCAAUGUUUUCUCUUUGUUUAACACAAAAUGUGAUUGUAUAUUUCUUGUCAAUUGUGUAGAUAUGUUUUGUCAAAGGAAGGCAUUCAUUUCUCACUAAAUAUUUAUUUUGUUCUUGUUUCUAGUCUUUGUAACUUGAAUUUGGAUGAAGCCAGCAAAACAUCCAACCACAUCUGGAUUUCAUUAAGAUAGACUUCUUAACUUGGUGAACCAUCACUUUAAAGAGCCCUUGCACUAAAAUCAAAAUGUGAUGCUCUUUGGACCUCUAAUCCUAUUCAACAAGUAGACUGCAUUGCUGUCUGAGGGAAGUUACUUCAUUUUAUAUAAGAGGAUGUUUUGCCACCAUUGCAGUGCAGACUGCAUUUUAAAUUAUUUUGUCGUGGAAAAACAUCCCAUUCGAUCAAUACCCGCACCUGAUCAUUGUCAUCCAGCUAAAUGCAUUGGUCAUGCUUUAGAAAUGAAUAGUUUUUAACUAAGAAAUGCCUUGUUAUAUGAUGGACUCAUACAGAUUCAUGGCACAUGGAGGAUAGCACACAUGUCAUCUUAAUUUGUGUAAAGGCAAAUUUCAAGCCUGAGAGAGUGUUGGUAAUUGCCCAGAAAGAAGCCAAUGUGUACGUGCAGAAUAUUUUGAAUUUAAGGAUUCACCUUUUCAGAGUCUGUCAUAACUCCUAGAUUGUGGUCAUGUUGGGUUGACGAUUUGUUACAGCUUUAGCAUAGACACUGGUUCAGAAUCUGUGGUAGUAGUCAGCAAUCACAGCGCUGUAUGUCAUUGUGCACAAUACAUGUGGUUUUCUGUUUGCCCAUCUGAAUAGGUCUACUUCCUCGGUGGUCAAUAAAAUACCACAACUUGUAA